GCGUCACGACAGGGACAUGCUAGCCUUUUAACGUGAGGAAGAGCCUUCCGCUGUCACUAUAAGUGCUUACGAUUCCUGUCCCGUCGUCUUCACUCUCAUCCUAACAUUGCCUUCAAGAUGAGUUACUACCCCCAGCAGCAGCAGCAGGCUCCUCCUCAAGCGUACCCCCCACCGACCAGCUCCCACCCUCCCACCGGGCAGGCCUAUCCGCCGGCGGGCUAUCCGAGCAGGGACGGUGCUGUGAAUCCACAUCAAGUUCCCAUCGAGACCAAGAGCCGUGGCGAUGGCUUCUGGAGGGGAUGCUGCGCGGCUUUGUGUUGCUGCUGCGUUCUGGACAUGUGCUUCUGAGGAAAGGAGACGGAGGAGAUUUAGAUGGAUGUAGAUAUUGUUAUUGCCAGCUCUGUGUGUGGAGUAGUAGUAUUAUGUCUUGGAAUGACGUUGUUUAUUCGAUUUAUUGGUUGUGGGAUUUGUCCAGUCCUUUGAUCAACGAAUAGAAUAGAUAGAUACGUAAUAUGUUGUUGGCCUCACAUUAUCCAACAUAAUUCCAAAAAAAAAAUUGCAGUGGAUGGAUAGAAAAUUGCUGGUCGCUUUUGAUUAUUGAUCUCUCGAGAGCGUAUUCUUUCAGGCAUUUCGUCGAACGAGUUCCGGGCGUCAGCCAGCAUCUUGAUGGUAUUGGGGACAGAUUCGGAUUCGGAUUCGGAUUCGGAUCCACCUGGGGACCAUGCCAGGAUCAAAUAAAACUUGGAUCCGACCCUUUAUCCUCCUGUAAGCUCGCUCUGUAUGAGCAAAUAAGAAGGAAGAUGCAAAGUUCACAUAA